AUUGCUGAAUCCCAGAACAGAAUGGUUAGCAACAGUCAGUCAAAUAAAUAAAAUUUCAUAUCACCACGUAUUUUGGUUGGUCGCAACUGCAACUCCCUUUCUACCCCAAUCUCACCAAAUUAAAUCCUUUUUCUCUUUCUUAUAAAACUAUAGAUAAAAAAUAUUGGUAUUUUACAAUAAAUUUUUUUUGUUUUCUAUAUAUAUGAGUCGACUUUCAAAGCAUGUAGCAUAAAUUACUUGUACUAUUCAAUUUAUUCAUAUGGAUAAGUGUAGUACUCAUCAGAAGCAUCCCACAACUCAAAAUGAAGCAAGCAGUGUUGAGUGGGAAUUCAUAAAGAUGACAGAGCAAGAAGAAGAUAUGAUAUGCAGAAUGCACAAGCUUGUGGGAGACAAGUGGGAUUUAAUAGCAGGAAGAGUUCCAGGCAGAAGUGCAAGAGAGAUUGAAAGAUUUUGGUUGAUGAGAAUUAAUGGUGGUGGAAAGAACAAAGAAGACAAAAUUAUUGAUCGGGCCCCACCGCUCCACGUAUUCGACUAAGAAUUAAUAGUAUAGUUGUAGCUCUACUCUAUUUAUAAUAUAGUACUAUUUGUUAUUGUAUUAAAUACUCGGUAAACGUCGUCUAUUUUGUUAAA